GUCCUGACAUAGCAUUUUGGAUGACUCUGUCCGAAUUACCUGUUCCACGUCUGUCAACGUCACUAAUAUCAUUUACACCUGCCCGUGUGGACCAGCACCACAGUGUUCCCCGUCACCCUGCACCAAUCUAACUGGCUAUAAUGCUAGCAUCGUCAGCAGAACUCAGACAGAGCUUACAAUACUCAGUGCACAGCCACGUCAUGCAGGGGAACUGGUCAUGUUCUGAGGGAGGAGAUGAAGGGAAAUCCGUUUGUACUCUCAUCCUCACAAAGAUUCCCACGGUCAAUAUAUCCAGUGACGUGGAUGUUGAUUGUGUGAAUCUGGGUAACCGAAUAACCCUCACAGUGGACAUUGGAGGCUACUACUGCUCUGGGGCCUUACGCCUAACACUACAGGUUGGGAGUGUCAACUAUACACUUGGGUCUGGUAGGAACAAUACCAACAUGACCCUGACCGACACCAUACCCAUUAAUGUGACACAAACACACUUCGGGGACUUGAAGCUUGGCUUUGCCUGUGACAAUCAUCAGUGGAAUAUUACACCUGAAGGUUUACAAGAGCUACAGCCAAACAGAAGUAAUGCACCAACCACUCUUUCCCCAGGAACUACUGCUGCAGGAAGUACGCCGUCGUCAUCGGACGCUUCAACUCUGUUGAUAAUUGCAGUAGGAGCUUCUUCAGGUGUUAUUAUCGUCAUAAUCAUCACUGUCAUCUGCUGCUGCUGUCGCGGUAGGAAACAAGCAAAUACAGAUGUGAAACACCUCUUCUAACCAACCUUCUGAAUCUCCCAAUGUAUCUUUGAAG